AUGUGCGCGGCCAGGUUCAGUAACUUUCUGAACGGCUGUGCAGAGGAGCCUGGGGCCAUGGGGGCACCUGGGGGAUCUGUCGGUCCGCUCAUGGCCUCCAGGAUGUUGGAUUGGACUGAGUCUGGAUCUCGCAUCCUCCACAGCCUGGAGAUAGGCACAGUCAUGACUCUAUUCUACCAGAAGAAAUCCCAGCGUCCGGAGAGAAGGACAUUCCAGAUCAAACAGGACACACGGCAGCUCGUAUGGAGUCGGAAUCCAGACAAAAUAGAGGGAGAAAUUGACAUCCGAGAAAUGCGGGAGCUGCGGUUGGGGAAAGGAUCGCGGGACUUCGAGCGCUACCCAGAGGAGGCUCGUAAAGUGGACCACUCCUACUGCUUCAUCCUCCUUUACGGCCUGGAGUUCCGCCUGCGCACUCUCAGUCUGGCCGCGUUCAGUGAAGAGGAGGUGAACAUGUGGAUCACAGCUCUGAACUGGCUCAUGAGUGACACUCAACGGGCUCCGGCUCCACACCAAACAGACAGGUGGCUGAGGAAGCAGUUUGAAAUGAUGGACAGGAAUCGUGAAGGCAGUGUCACGGUGAAGGAUGUAAAGGCUCUAUUGCCUCAGAUCAACUACAGGGUUCCCAACAUGCGAUUUCUCAAAGACAAACUGCAGGAGGUGGAGGCGAGAAACGACUUGUCCUACCCACACUUUGCGCAGCUGUAUCGGACGCUGAUGUUUGAUGCACAGAGGACGAUUAUUGAGCAGCUGGACCUGUCCUUUCCUCUGCGGAAUGUGGACAGACCCGAGCUGUGCCAGAUCUCACUCUAUGAUUUUCAGAAGUUCCUCCAGAUGGACCAAAAGGAGUCUUGGGCCUCAGACUUGGGUCGUGUGCGAGAGUUUCUCAUGAGCUACAUGAGAGGCGCUGCUACACCUGAGCCUCUGCUGCAGCUGGACGAGUUCUUGACGUUCUUGUUCUCAAAAGAAAACAGUGUGUGUGACCCUCGCCUCUCUCCCCUCGUCCCUGAUGAUAUGAAAAGACCACUGUCCCAAUACUGGAUAUCCUCAUCGCAUAACACGUACCUGACAGGUGACCAGUUUUCCAGUGAGUCCUCUCUGGAAGCUUACGCCCGCUGUCUCAGGAUGGGCUGUCGUUGCAUCGAACUGGACUGCUGGGAUGGGCCUGAUGACCUACCCAUCAUAUACCACGGACACACCCUCACCUCCAAGAUCAAAUUCCUGGAUGUUCUACACACCAUCAAAGAGCACGCCUUUGUCACGUCUGAGUACCCCGUCAUCUUGUCCAUCGAGGACCACUGCAGUGUCGUCCAGCAGAGAAACAUGGCCACUCACUUCAAGAAGGUCUUUGGGGAUUUACUGCUCACCAAAGCAGUGGACACCAGCGCAGAGGAGCUGCCCUCACCGUACCAGCUGCGACGCAAGAUUCUUAUCAAGCACAAGAAGCUGGUGGAAGGCACAGCGUACGAAGAAGUGUCCACCGCCAGUUACUCCGAGAACGACAUCAGCAACUCCCUGAAGAACGGCAUCCUGUACCUGGAGGACCCCAUCGACCAUACGUGGACCCCACACUAUUUUGUCCUGACCACUCACAAGAUCUAUUACUCCGAGGAGACGUCCCACUACCAGACAGCAGAGGAAGAGGAAGAGGAUGAAGGAAAAGAGGAGUGUAACAACAAUGACCAGCACUGUGCCGAGCGCUGGUUCCACGGGAAGCUGGGCGGCGGCAGAGACGGGCGACAAGUGGCUGAGAAGCUGCUGCAGGAUUACUGUGAGGGAGGAGGCAAAGACGGCACCUUCCUGGUCCGAGAGAGCGAGACCUUCGUGGGAGACUUCACUCUGUCAUUCUGGCGCUUGGGCCGUGUGCAGCACUGCAGGAUCCACUCUCGUCAGGAGUCUGGCUCCACACGUUUCUACCUCACAGACAACCUGGUGUUCGAGAGUCUGUACCGCCUCAUCUGCCACUACAGGGACACGCCGCUGCGCUGCAACGAGUUUGAGAUGAGGCUCGGAAACCCUGUGCCUCAGCCCAACGCCCACGAGAGCCGAGAGUGA